CAUCGAGCCCGUCUUGAAGGAGCUGCAGUCACAGCAGCUGAACGACUCCCCCGUUGCAAGGCAGGCGCUGGAGUCGCUCGAGACCAACGUCAAGAAGGCCCUUCUACCUCAGUAAAAUGCAGGCACAUUGUCAAGGAGAUACAGGAUGUCACUAGAGAGAUUGGUGAUUCCCUGGCAGCUCUCUCCCUCGCCAACGUUGAAGUCCUGUCAGGGAUCUUCGACCAGGUGCAUAGGCUGCAGCACGAGAUGCAGCGGGCAGAGUUUGAGGCCUCCCACGCCCGCCUCCAGAUUGUUGACAAGCUGAAUCAGGGCAUCUCUGAUCAGGCAUUUGAUAAAGAGUUUGCCAAUGAUAUGCUCAGGGAGAUAGCACGGGCCGUGGGCGUCCCAGUCGAGCCCUCGGAGAUCAGCAGGGAGCUAGCCGGCUUCAAGAGGGAAAAGGAGGAAGCUGAGAAUAGGAAGGAGAGGGCUGAGGUCUUCUUUCUGGAACAGGUGAGCAACCAGUAUAUGCAGAGGGUUAAGGUGAUCGAAAGGUAUGAUCCGAGAGAGGAAUACAUCGAGCCAUUUAAGGCUUUCUACUGCUGCAUAACCCGUUGCGUGAUGGCUGAUCUUGUGAGCCUCUGCACGGGGACUGCGUGUGAAAAGUUGGCCCUUGAGGCGUGGUUCCAACGGGGUGAGAAGUCAGAUCCGGAGACAGGGGAGGUUCUUCAAGAUUUCUCAUGGAGGCCUGACAUUCAGCUGAGGCAGUCCAUACAGGAGUGGAGAGAGCUGAAUUACCGCCUCAAGAUUCGGUCUUGCAAGGCGAUGAUCGCAUCAAACAAGGAGGACUGUGUCGUGGAGGCUCUUGAUCGGAUGAAGGACCUCGUUGCAGAGAACUCGAUUAACAAGGAUUGGAUUUCGAUUGGAGGGCUGACAGAGGGUGUCAUCGCCUUGCUCGAGAGUAGGAUCACUGAGGCUGCGAGGAAGAAGGUGUUGGUGACCUUGAAGGAUAUCAUAGAGGGGCAUGCUAGAAACAAGGCUAUCAUCAUAGAGAAAGGAGGGAUUGAGAAGAUAGUGCUGUGCUUAGGCCAACCGCUGUCACUAAACCGUCCCUUAACUGUCCCUUAAAUUACUAUUCGCGAGCCCCACUGUACUUUUUUACUUUCUUUGGGGCCGUACGGAUGCCGGCCUAGAUCCCCCUCCUCCUCCUCCUCGUCCGCCUCCGC